AGGUUACUUGUGUUGCACACACACACAGGGCGUGCAGGUCAUAUUGAGGACGGAGCUGCAGCCAUGAUCGGCCGGAUCCUCGGUACCCGGUACCAACAGCUCGCCAAAAGCUGGGCUCCCAUCGCAGCCACAUGGGGGACAGUAGCAGGAGUGGGGCUGAUUUGGGCCACGGACUGGAGGCUUUUUCUUGACUAUGUACCAUAUGUGAAUGGAAAGUUUAAAGACAAGUGAAUCUAAACACAUGGGUUAUAAAAAUAUUUAACAGAGUAGCUUUGUGUGGAUUCUUCUGUGACAGCAGUCAAGCUGGCUACUAACAAGCCUCAUUUUGAGCUCUUGCACAUGUUCUGAAUCCUUGCUCUCUGGAAGAAGCUGCUUAUUUAAAAGUCAGUUAUACAAUUUCAAUUAGGAUGUUGCCAUUAAAAACUUCCAAGAUAACUGAAUACA